AUGGCGACAAAUAAGAACAUGUUUUCAUGGCACUAUCCUGAAAUCACAAGGAAUUUUUCCAAGUGUUGGCCUUACAUCUUGGGCGUAGCUGGCAUUUUUAUGAUGCUCACCAUGGGGGCUGUGCUUGUGACUGAAGGAUGCAGGAAGAUAAAGCUUCAGUACUAUGGAUUUAAAUUGGCUUCUGGUGCAGGGAACGAGAGCCACCCUAUUACAGAGGUUGAGCCAUAUAUCCCCUUCAACAUCAGUCCGACUGGAAUGCAGCCCUUGCUUACAACCUCAUACCUACUAGCUUUUCCAAGCAUCAUGGCCAGAGAGGUUCCCCCGCCGGUGCUGCAAACCCUACCGCCGCGAAGGAAGUCGCACCCACAGCCACAGGAAUUCACUAUCUGGCGCAGCGAAAGGUUGGCAAAGAAGUCGCGGCAUCGCGCCACGAAGCCCGUGGUCCAAGCACAAAAUGUCUUGAUGAAGAAACUAGGAAUCACCUCGGACACUCGACCGCCGGAUGCCUCCUCUUUCCAGCAGUUUACGGCUACUUUCUAGUCCACCCUAACUCCGGCGCAUUGUGAAGCCUUGGACGCACUACUGCCCGCUGGGAUGGGCUCGCUAGCAACUGAGGCGGCCGCAUCACUGCUGGUGGCCUGACCCCAGUACUGUUGUUGCUCUUUUGCUGUCCGGUCGCAAAUAUUGUCAUCUAUGUUAGGACAAAACUGUUUGGUUUGGAAUGUUCGGGGGUUAAACUCCAGAGCUCGACGUAAUGUUGUGCGCCAGCUGGUCGAUCAGGAAUAAAUCUCCCUUCUCUCUCUGCAAGAAACUAAAUUA